UAAAAAAAUCACAAUGGCUAGCAAUGGACACGUGACAUGCAUCAUCUUCAUGUGGGCAUUGGUUAUGAUAUGCGUUAAAAGAAAGCGGUCGCCAUGAUCAGAUCAACCCAUUUCAUUUCUUUGCCACCUGAUUAGGGAAAACAAACCCUUAUUUUCAUCUUCUUCCAACACCUGCCCUCAAAUCUCUCUCUCUCUCUAUAUAUAUAUUUAUAUAGCUAUAAAUACAUAUAUUUGAUCUAACGAAAUGGGCUCGGUUGUGGGCACUAACAAAAAGAGCAAGGAAGAGCUUCAAAUGGCGCUCAACAAGGCCAAGGAGAUCGUCUCCUCUCACCCUGUCGUCGUCUUCAGUAAAACUUAUUGUGGUUACUGUGAGAGGGUUAAGCAAUUGUUGACUCAAGUGGGAGCUUCUUACAAAGUCUUUGAACUGGAUGAAGAAAGUGAUGGAAGUGAUAUUCAAGCAGCUCUAGCUGAGUGGACGGGCCGAAGAACCGUACCGAAUGUAUUCAUUGGAGGAAAAAAUGUUGGUGGCUGUGACUCGGUUUUAGAGAAGCACCAGACAGGCCAGCUUGUUCCUCUUCUUACUGAAGCUGGCUCCAUUGAAGUUAAGGCUUCUGGGCUGUGAAUAUUAGGGUCACCAUAGCCUUAAUGAUGUAACAAGAUAAACAUUGGUCGCCCUUCUCUUCAAACAACCUUUGUAAUAAUGUUAAAAACAGGGUAGAUGAUCUCUCAGAGCAAAACAAGUGUGAAUUUCCAAUGUUUGCUGUUUAAGAGUUUACUAUGAAAAAAAUAUAUAGAAAAGAAAAUAAUAACAGUAUUGUUUGUGUUUGGAUGAUGUGAAAUACAAGUACUCAUCAAAAUUGUAAUGGAACAGUGUUUGGGAUUUUAUUAUGUUCACUUUUGGUGGAGACUA